UUAACCCCUCGGCUAUGGCGCUCUUGACGCACGGGUGGGCGCCGUCGUCCUCGCAUUUUCACUGCCGCUACCAUUCGAGGAAAUGCUGGACACCGCUACACUGCUCGGUGGGUUCUGUAGAGGCCGUGACGGCCGGAGAGGAUAGAAUUCUUGUGAGUAGUGGUGCCAGUGGCAGGGAUUUGAUCGAGCCCGGGGAGAAACCCUGUUCUAGUAGCGAAGAUCCAGGAAAGGAAGAGGUUUCUCCUGCGGAGUUUGCCAGGGAAAUUGGAAGAAGGCGCAACUUUGCCAUAAUCUCGCAUCCAGAUGCUGGAAAAACAACGCUGACAGAAAAGCUACUUCUCUAUGGAGGUGCCAUACACGAGGCUGGUGCUGUCAAAGCUCGGAGAGCUUCAAGGCAUGCUACGUCAGAUUGGAUGGAGCUCGAAAAGCAAAGAGGGAUAUCUAUCACGUCCACAGCCAUGGUUUUUGAAACUAGAGGCCAGCUGAUAACGUUGCUUGACACUCCCGGCCAUCAGGUACUUGGCUCUAUUUUCUGUUUCGUAGAUGAAGUUGUCAAUCUAAAUAGUAAACUCCAGGAUUUUGGUGAAGACACUUACAGAACCCUGGCAGCAGCAGAUAACGCUGUCAUGCUUGUUGAUGCGGGGAAAGGCUUAGAGCCGCAGACAAGAAAGUUGUUUGAGGUAUGUAGAAUGCGUAAGUUGCCAGUGUUUACAGUCUUUAACAAGCUGGAUAGACCAGCUUUACAACCGCUAGAGCUCAUCGAUGAAAUCGAAAAGGAGUUUGAGCUCCCUACUUAUCCUGUCAGCUGGCCAAUUGGUUCUGGCGACAGGUUUCUUGGUGUCUACUAUAGGCCGAGACGACAGGUUCAUCUUUUCGAACGAGGUGGCAAACAUGGUAGUGUUGGAGCUGCAGUGCGAGUCCUUGAUUAUAUGGAUCCUAGUCUAAAGACAAUUAUACCCACCGAUCUCUACAAACAGCUUGAGGAAGAAGUGGAAAUGCUGGAAGAGUUGACACCGCCGCUGGACAUUUCGAAGGUUCACUCAGGCGAUUUGUCACCUGUAUAUUUUGCAAGUGCCAUGAACAACUUCGGCGUUGAGCUCUUUUUGGAAAGUUUUCUAGAGUACUCUGUAAAGCCGGGAGCACACUCGAGCGACAUUGGUGAGAUCCAUCCAGAAAACCCAUCCUUUUCCGGAUUUGUCUUUAAGCUACAAGCGAACAUGGAUCCGAAACACAGAGACAAAGUUGCUUUUGUUCGUGUAUGCUCGGGUCAGUUCAAGAAAGGGAUGAAAGUUCAAGUGUCCAGAACAGGCAAAACUAUCGCGCUGACAAGGCCGCAGAAAAUGUUUGCGCAAGAUCGCUCCAUAGUUGACAACGGAUUUGCCGGAGAUGUUAUCGGUCUUAAUAAUCCAAACGCAUUUUGCAUCGGUGACACAGUUUUCUCUGGCCGACAAAUACGUUACCCAGGAAUUCCAUCCUUCUCCCCAGAACUCUUCAGCUACAUGCGAAACACGAACCCGGCAAAGUACAAGCAGUUCCAGAAAGGCAUUAACGAGCUUCUCGGUGAAGGAGCUGUUCAGGUGCUCUACUCAGUCGACGCAGGAAAAAACGAUCCGAUUCUAGCAGCAGUCGGACAAUUACAGUUUGAGGUAGUGCAAUAUCGGAUGCUAAACGAGUACGGUAUCGAAACCAAGCUGGAACCUCUUGGUUACAGCGUUGCUCGGUGGGUAACAGGAGGAUGGCCUGCGAUCGAGAAAGCUGGAAGACUCUACAAUUGCAUGGUUGUCAAGGACCAGUGGGGACGUCCCGUGCUUCUCUUCCGCAACGAAUGGAAUCUGACUCAACUUAUGGGCGACAACAAGGACAUUGGUGAUCUGGUUCCCAUCGCAUUGCCUCCCGAAGAGAAAACAAGAAAGUAGUCCAGAGCCAAUCCAUUCCAGCGGGUAGCAUGCGAUCAUCAAAGUGUUCUAACGCGUGUCAGGGAUAAGCUCGCUCUACCUACGUGUUCUCUUGAUCCAAAGAAUACAUUCUUAUCAUCUAUAUCAUACAAGACAAUAUAUGAUAUAGAAAAUCUAUGGAAAAUUCAAAGCGAUCAAAUUUCUGAA